GACGAUGAAAUACAUUUCUGGAAGAGACCAGUAAAUAGUACGCCGAUCGUGUUCCGCUUUCCGGAAACUUUCACCCGGGGUAACCCUGUGAAGAAGAAGAGGUAGAAGGUAGCACUUACCUUCAUAAAACGAGGUACUGUACUCUUGAUGAACAGCUUGCUUCACGACUCGUCCGUUCCCCCCCUCCCCCCCGCGUUCCUCAGUAGCUCCCUCAUGCACCCUGUCGAUGCCGAAUUAAUCAUGACCGCCGCUAGAGCCUUGCAUAGCGCCUCUGCUAGUAUACGCGAUUCUCACCACUCAAAGCCGAGGAGGAUGCUCAGAGAUGCCUUCAAGGCGUUGCCGUCUCCGAAACACGCCGCGCCUAUCCCUGGGACCCACUUCGGCGACAUAGCACCCUGUCCGACUGACGUUCUAUCCCCCAUUCAACGACUUCCAACCGAGAUCCUUACCGACAUCUUCCUGCACCUCCACCACGACCGCCCUCAGCUCCCCUUCGUCCAUAAAGUCGCUGAAGCUCCUCGCCUGCUCACUUACGUAUGCCGAAGGUGGCGCGACAUCGUCGACGCCCUCCCCUCCCUCUGGUCUAGCUUUUCUGUCAAUCUCGACGCGAAUCAUGCGAGCCGCGUCACCGCCCUUUCCGUGUUCCUCCGCAAUUCCCGAGGCACUCUGCUCACGUUUGACUGCAUCAUGCAUGACAUCUCUGACUAUGGAGAGCGAAUACUCCAGCUGCUCUUCCACGAGAAGCACCGUUGGGAAUCAGUCCGAAUACUAGGCAAAGGUCAGAACCUCUCACGGUUCGCUCCCAUUGGGGGAAGGCUUCCCAUGUUGCGGUACCUCAAGCUGAUUGUCAUCGGACAGCCGGAUCGGUUUGUAUGUGGCGCGUACGAAUUGGCGCCCAGGCUGGAUAAUGUAUUCAUCCAGGGCGUGAGACCCGUCGCGCACAGUCUCCGGCUGCCCUGGGCGCAACUGACGAGCUAUUUCGCGGAAGAGGAUCGGCUCGAAGAUCACCUCUCUGUCCUGCGCCGCACGCCAAAGGUGCAGCACUGCCAUUUACGGGUGCGCCACCCUUCCUCUGCGGGCGACACGAUGAUGGGGGCCCCGAUCAAGAGAUUGGAGAUGCGGUGCCUGUCGAAGCUGGUGGUGAAUAAUGCGAACAUUCUGGACCACCUCGUCUUGCCGGCGUUGGAGGACAUCACGAUCCACCAGUCGCCGCAGAGCAUCCCGACCGAGUCGUUGGCUGCGCUUUUGUGCCAUUCUGGAUGCAGCUUGAGGGCGCUGUCUCUGCGGCUGUUCCCGUCGACCUUUUCUAGCGCGGGCCUUCUUCCAGUGUUCCGGUUCCCAGCGGCGCAGACGGUCGUGACCCUGGAUUUGUUGCUCCUUGUGUACCCGUUUGAUCUUAUUGCCGGGUUGGCGGGCGGGGAGCAUGGGCUGUUGCCGAAGUUGCAGGAGCUGGUGGUGAAGAUACCGUCGUAUCCUUUCCAUGCGCCGAGGAAGUUUGAUAAGGGGUGUUUGGAGGUGGUGGCGAGGCUGAUGAGAAGGUCGGCGUUGCGGAGGGUGUAUCUGGAGGUGUACGUUGCGAGGGAGGUUGAGAUUCCGAAGGCCAUGGCGCCGUGGGUCACUCAGAAGCAGAGGACAGUCGUGGUGAAAUGGGAAGCACGACGAUAAGAUGCGGAUGGAGGAACGCAUCGUUUGAACGAAAUUGGCACGGACAUGGAUUUUU